GAGAGAGCGAAAAAGCCCUAGAAAAUUCUCCAUCCUUUUUUCUCCAUCUCCUCUAUCUCCAGCGUCGCCUUAUUCUGUUUGUUAAGUUAAUAGGUUGGAAUGAGGUUCACCAAGCAAAAGCGGCACCGCAAAGCUGUGCGAUUUUUCACGUCCUGCUUCGGAUUUCGGGAGCCUUUCAAAGUGCUAUGCGACGGGACCUUCGUGCACCAUCUUAUAGCAAAUGGAAUUGCUCCAGCUGAUACCGCAUUGACAAAUAUCCUUGGUGCUCCCGUCAAAAUAUUCACCACCAGAUGUGUUGUUGCAGAGUUGAAAAGCCUCGGUAGCUCUUACUCUGACUCGGUCGAUGCUGCGCGUAGCCUGAUGGUUGCAAGAUGUGAUCAUGAAAAGCGGAAGAGUGCUAUAGCAUGCAUAACAGAAGUUAUUGGAGAAAAAAACACUGAGCAUUUCUUUGUCGCCACACAGGAUGCGGAGCUGAGGAAAAAGUUUCAACAGAUUCCAGGUGUGCCUCUAGUAUAUGCUCUCAGAAAUGCGCUCUUUCUCGAACGCCCAUCAGCUUUUCAGCAAGAGACUGCAAAGGCUGCUGAAGAGGAACGGUCACGUAUGACUGAGUUGGAGUUGAAGAUGCUAAAGUUAAAGAAGAAAAAAGUAGCUAAUGAUGAAGGAAGGACUUCUUCUGAAACAGAAGAAGAACAGAGUUUAGAGACACUGAUUCCCAGGAGAGAUGUUAAGAUGACUAGAAUCGAUAAAGCCGAUAAAGCUCAAUUCAAGCGGAAGAGAGCUAAGGGCCCAAAUCCUCUAUCAUGCAAGAAGAAAAAGAAACAAGGAAAUACAGAUACUGCUUCAGAAAAGAUGAGAAGUACAGUUCGGUUGCAGGAAGGAGAUGGUGAUAAUAGCGCAAGAAACAGGAAACGGAAGAGGUCGAGGAAAAACAAGACUUCCACUGAGUCGUGAUGCAGAUUGUAUUUCUACAACUAAAACUUUCCGACUUCUCAAGCUCAAGCCUGCUGCAUCAAAGCAGCCGAAGGAACACAGACAAAGUUAUCAGCUGGAAAGAAAUGGCACACUGGGGAGGAGCCUGGCUGAAUUCCGAGCACCUUGAAGGAGACAUGGUUGCGGCUCCACUGCGACGUAUCCAUAUGGCAGACUGCAACUGCUUCUACCCGGUCUCCAUUCUCUCCGGUAAGUGAAACAUUAAACACCCUGCUCUGGCUCUCUUGGUAAUGGCAGUAGAAAACAGCAUAAGGGUAAGGCAUCGUAUGGCAUGCCACAACCUUCGAAGCCGGAUAUUCCUUGACCCCUAUGAUCUUGUACUUCUGUAGAACGGCACUGGAUGGUGUGAUGUGAGUGGUUGACAGAAUCUUGAUCUCGGUCCCUGAGCCAAUGAUGCUAGAAGCAAAAUCAAGCAUCGAACCCCAAGAUGUCGGGCAGGUCUUAGUCUCACCCUUGAUGGGCUUCGUCUCACACUGGCGGAGGGUAUCCUCCAUGGCAGUGGCUUGAGGCGAGCCCCGGGGGAAAGAGUAGACCUCAAGGAGGUGGUUGAGUUGGUCGGAUGAGAAGGGAAUGGAAUCGGCUUCCUCUUUUGGGAGCAAAUGAGCAGAGACAGAGUCCAGUCCUCUGCUCGGGAAGUAGAUGGGAAUGGUGUUUCCUACCGUGAGAUCCUCCACGAAGAAGAAGACGAUGACUGAAGGAUCCAUGUGGUGAUGCAUGUGGGGUGAUGAAUGAACUUGCUCAAUUUUCAUAUCCAUUUUUUGCAAUCCAUUUCCAUUAAUAGCUGCCUGCCAAAUUUAUCACAGUUUGUUUACAUGAAAUGGACCAGAUUUUGUGUUGAAA